AUGAUCAGCGUUGACAUGCGUUGGAGAUGUGUAGUCCUGGUGCAGGUCUAUGGGAUAGAUAUUGAAGUGGUGAGGCUUGUGCUUGGCCUAUCGUAUCGAUCCGUGGCUCGCUUCAAUGCGAUGUUCUCGAGAACUGGUUACGUCGACGGCAAGGCGCGACGUGCCACUACCCUACGGUGGCCAGACACUGUGAACGCGUGGGUCAACGACUACGCAAUUUCGCAUCCCUGCUUCUAUAUCGAGGAGCUACAAGAAGCAAUCCAGCUCCAAUUUCCGUCUCUCAACAAUGUAUCACCGUCAACCAUCUGCAGAGCAUUGAUGCAUGACCUCGGACUUACCCGAAAAGUCUUGGAACGGCGUGCGCGCGAGGCUGCGGAUUUCGAGCUGCAGGACUAUUACGUGCGUUUGAAGUGUUUCUACUCCCGUCCGGAUCAGCUCGUGUUUGUGGAUGAAACCUCCAAGGACGCCGCGAUGCUGUGCGGAAGUUUGCGUGGUCGAGGCGCAACACCAAGGCGAUUGUGGAUUUACCGUUUUCCAGGGGUGAACGAGUGUCAGCUCUAG